AUGGAGUUGGAUGCAACUCAGCAAACGGCACUUUCCGACAAGGAAAGAGAACGGCGACGCAAAGAGAAACUAUGUUUCCGGUGCAGGAAGCCGGGACAUAUGUCCAACACCUGCAAGCAACAAACCUGGAAGGGUAAGCAGGGCGGAAAGAAACAGUUACAAGCCACAAAGGAGCUCAGUGCCACAAUAGGCAGAGAUGGUUAUGACACCACCGGGUCUGGAGUCAUCAUUGGAACCAUCAGACCAAAGAAAGUCAACAAACAACUUAGAAGAUUGUACAAGGAUUGCACUACCUUGAGUGAUGAGGAAAUCAAAGUGGAACUCAAGAAGGAAGACUCCACAGAUUACGAAAGCACAAACAAUGAUUGGCCUACCAGAGACUCGAAUGUCCUCGCAGCCACCAAUCAGAAGUCACCCAACAGCGACGCAGACAGUCUCAUCGAUUGGGAGAAUAUUACGCCAGGAGGGCUUAUUCACCAAUGGACAACGUUAACCAAUGAGAUACGUCAGGUUAUCGGCCCUGACUUGGAAAAUACCAACCAUGACGAGCCAGAUCAAGAGGAUUUUCCCGCGAUAAAUUGGACCACUAUUGACCAACCUAUCGAUCCACUUGACGAAGAGUACAGAACCCAGUGGGAGGGCCUCAAUCCCAACGAGGAGCAGCCCCACGAGAUUCCCGAGACACCCAGAGAUGAUUCCCCACAAAACAAUGAUGAAGCAGACCAGUAUGCCGCAUGGCUACGACAGCCUGAUCGGAAACAGUUGGCAGAAUUGGAAGCAUACCAACUGAAUCAGAGAAUCCUUGAAAAGGACCGGACUCAAGGGGAAACCGGGGCCUUACGGCGCGUUAGGUCAAAAGAUAGUGACAACGACGCUAAGCAGUCAAAGGGUGGACUGAAGAAAAAGGUAACAACCAGCCAGAGGGUAACGGCGGUGUUAGCAGCAACAAAGCCAUCGCGAAGGAUAGCGAUGAUGGAACUACCGGGAUGGGCACCGGAAAGCAACAAUGAUUAUGCAGAAAUUAUGACACCAGACGAUGAUUCCGAGGAAGAAUCGGAAACCGGAAAAACUAAUCCGAGGAAAAUUAUUCCCAGGAAUGAUGUUCCCAGGAAUACUUUUGUUCCAGAACCCCACUUAUUCUCGGCAACAACCAAUCAGGAGCAUGAGAAUCCUGGAAACCUUGAUCCCAGGAACAGUGAAGUGAGGAAUAACCAAUUGGGGAACAAGUCGAACACAGAAGCAGUUCUACCCCAGGAGUAUGCAAAGUUCAAGACAUUGUUUGAGCAACCCAAACAGUAUGUCCUACCAAAAUAUGCAGGGCAUGGCGUACUCUUUGUACCUAAGAAGGACGGAAGUCUACGACUUUGCGUGGACUAUCGACCAUUGAAUGUGAUCACAAUCAAAGACCGAUAUCCACUUCCAUUGAUCCAUGAGAUCCAAGAUCGAAUUCGAGGAGCAAAAUGGUUCAUGAAGUUGGACAUCACUGACGCCUACAAUCACCUUCGAAUUGCAGAAGGAGAAGAAUGGAAAACGGCUUUCAGAACAAAAUUUGGCCACUAUGAGUACUUGGUAAUGCCAUUUGGGCUAACUAAUGCACCGGCAUCGUUUGAGAGGUUCAUCGAGGAAGUGCUACGCAAAUAUCUGCACCUCUUUGUGAUAGUCUAUUUGGACGACAUCCUGAUCUUCUCUGAGAAUGAGGAACAACAUGUGGAGCAUGUCAGCCUAGUACUGUAA